CUGCUCUUAUCCGAGGAAGACAUGGCCUGCAAGAGCAACACUCGGCCCAGGGGCCUGGCCUGGGCCCUGCCACCAACCCUGGCAUGGAUACUACUAGGGGCCUGUGGUGGGAGUCGCCCUCCUCAAGCCAGGCCUCAUGACUGCCAUGGGCUGGCAGCUAAACUGGACACAGAAGAGCUGCAACUGGAAGGGGACUCUCCAGCCUCCUUUCCACAACCUUACCUGAUGAUUCAAGCCCCUGGCUCGAAGGCAGCUCCACUGCCAGCGCCUUGUUGUCCCUCCGAGGUGGACAGACCCAGGGAGCAGGACCCUGGAGCUACCUGGGAGCUCUGUGGGGCGCCGAGCCCUGGAUGCAAAUCUUUCCUGGGACAUCUGCAGAGCAUCCUUCACCAUCGCUUCCGCCUGCUGCUACUAGGCCUGCGCCGGGCCCCACCACUCUGUGCUGAGCUCUGCGAGACCUGGCUCACCACCUGCAAAGCUGAUAUUGCCUGUGGCCCAACCUGGUUGCCGACCUCAGAAGACAGGGCCUGCGCACCCAGCUGCCGCACCUAUGGGCAGACCUUCACCGAUGGGGUGGACCUCUGUCGCUCAGCCCUGGGUGUCGCCCUGCCAGUCGCAGCUCCUGGCUCCCGCCAUUGCCUCAACCUCCCCACAUCGGUGUCUCCCCGUUGCGGACCCAGCCGGCAUGCCCGGGAAACUCAUCCUUCUGUUCCGGACGCCUUGGGCAGUGGCAGCGGCAGCGGCAGCGGCCCCUAG